CGGCAAGAGCGGCGGUCCGUGGUCUCGCUCUUCGGGAGGUCGUUUCGGACCACAGGGCCUCGGGGUUGGCUCGGGGCGUGUUUGGAAGCUGCGAGGCUCCCUGGCGAGGACAUUCGAAUUCAUCCGAAGCCGAUAGCCGAGUUGCUGUUCUCAAAGCAGUUCGCAGCUUACCAUAGGUAGUGCCUCCGUCAAUUUUGACUCAAGCGUCUGCCUUGUACCUUCGGCAGCCCCCUCGUUCGCAGCAUGGCAUGGUCGCUGCGGGUGGCGGUCACACCGUGCUGCUGAGAAGCGACGGGACAGCCGUGGCUUGCGGCUUGAAUGUGGACGGGCUGUGCGACGUGCCGGCGCUCGGUGAGGGCCUGACUUACACGCAGGUCUCUGCGGGCAGCGGUCACACCGUGUUGCUGAGGAGCGACGGGACAGCCGCGGCUUUCGGGUGGAAUGAUGACGGGCCGUGUGACAUCCCUGCGCUUGGUGAAGGGCUAACUUACACGCAGGUCGCUGCCGGUGGCGCGCACACCGCAUUGCUGAGGAGCGACGGGACAGUUGCGGCUUGUGGCUUGAAUGAGCAUGGGCAGUGCGAUGGUCCAGAGCUUGGUGAAGGGUUGACCUACACGCAGGUGGCUGCGGGUGCCCAGCACACACUUUUUCUGAGGAGCGACGGGACAGUUGCAGCUUGCGGUUGGAACGAGCGCGGGCAGUGCGAUGUCCCGACGCUUGGUGAAGGCCACACCUACACGCAGAUCGCUGCGGGUGACGCGCACACCAUGUUGCUAACAAGCGACGGGACAGCCGUGGCAUGCGGCUUGAAUCAGAACGGGCAGUGCGACGUCCCGGCGCCUGGUGAAGGCCUGACUUACACACAGGUCGCCGCGGGCAGCGGUCACACCGUGCUGCUGAGGAGCGACGGGACAGCCGAUGCUUACGGCUUGAAUGAGCACGGGCAGUGCGACAUCCCAGCGCUCCCUGAUGGCCUUAUCUACACGCAGGUUUCUGCUGGUAGUGGUCACAGCGUGCUGCUGAGGAGUGACGGGACAGCAACGGCUUGCGGCUGGGAUUUGUUUGGGCAGUGCGGGUUUCCAUCUCGUCCAAUCCAAUGGACUUGGUUGUUGUGGCAGCGCACCAGUCUCCGAUACGUGGCAUGCUCCUUGAUGCCAACAGCAUUGCCGUCGUUGGUUCUGCAGGCGUCCUUCGACGGCGCUUCGGUGCAAUUUGUGACACUAAGCGGGGCGGACUUCGACCGAAUCCAAGCAACGCCCGCCGAUCACCUGGCGGACGUACGCGACCGGUUGAUGGCAGGCCGCCUCUCACGCAUGUUGGGUUCCACGGUCUCCACGGCUGACGCCAUCCUGCCCACGGGCGGGUUGUUGAGCCAGGCGCCCACCGAAGUGACCUGCGCAGACACCUUCGGUCGCGCCGCCGACGAUCAUUGUCAUAGUGAGGCCCCACGCGGCCUCGGGUUGCCUGAUGAAGAGUACGGCGCGCUGGGAGCGCAGGUUCCGUGCUGGAUGGAGUGCGCGUGGCUACUGUAGGAGUCGACACCUGGAUGCGCGCGCGAGAGAACAUAUCGGCAGGGAGUAUGGCUUCGAUGUUGGCGUCGUGUCCGCCUUGGGAGGGCUCUGCCAGACUGCCCCUGAAGGUAGACAUGCAGGGUUUUCCUUGCUCACCUACAAGAGGGUUCGCCCGCUGCGUGUCGGUGUGCUUAAACCGUGUCCCAGCAAAUGGCCCCAUUGAUGGCUGUGCGAAUGAGUUGGACACGCCACCGACUCACGAAUGAGUUCGAGCAGUUUUUCGCCCUUUUAGACGGUGCUGACCCGCUAACGGCCUGCUGAUUAUCCACAAGUGCCUUGAGUUACUUUCGCAUCGCGCACUGCCGUGAGUGACUAGAGAAGUUGCGCGCACCUCUGAGCCCAUUAGCGCCCCAUUGCUGCGGCAAUGCGCGAUAUCUUUGUCAGACACGGCCCUCCCUGAUAAAUGCAGCCCAGGCCCCGUGCCUGGAGUUUGCCGACCCACCGGGCCAAAGGCUUGCUAGUGUGGGUUGUUGAUUCUAUACUUCGCGCACGCUUGCCGGAAGUAGCCCAGCCAGUUUAGCCGCCGGAUACCCGAAUGCUGCGGCGCGGCGGCCAGAGCGACCCAAUGGGUCCAUACCGCGUGCUAGGCCCUAAAACGACCCCCCAAAGGCAACAAAAUAGCUUCAAGUUGCUCCAAGGUCGUCCGAAGCGGACCCAAGAAUAGCCUUGAGUUCCAGCAUGGUCC